AUGCUUGGAUACUUCCUGGGACAUUACCCGGAAAACUUCGCUUUGAGCGAGAGCCAAAGAACGCUUAUCCUGCAGACAAUGGCGUUCUUCAUAUGGCUUGGGGGCGGAGCUGCGGUGUUUGCUAAACUCGAACAAAACGCUGGGAAUGACAGUUGGAGAUUUGCUGAUGCUCUCUACUUUUGUGAUGUCACAAUUCUCACUGUAGGAUUCGGCGACCUCGUACCAACGACAGACGUCACUAGGGGUAUUGUUUUUCCAUAUUCAGUAGGAGGUGCCAUAUCGUCUUUGUACACGGCAGUACGGGAGCUGGGUGACGAGAAAAUUAUACAAAAACACAUCGACCGCAUGAGAUCACGCGUUGUUGAACGCACAGUAUCCAAUUCAUUUGAUCUACGUCAUCAGGAGCGUGAAGCACAUCACCUUCUCAGAAGACGCAAACUAGGAUUUCCAAAAAUCUCCCAGCCUACUGAACCCCGGCCCUUUCGUACUCCGAUGGGUGAGUCUAUUCAGCGCAGAUCGACAUUUCCACGCGUUACCAACGCACUCCGUAUCACUUCCAAACCCCCAAUUAGGCUUUUGAAGGAGGAGAAGGAUCGAUUCGAAGCGAUGCGCAAGAUCCAAGCUGAUUCUAAAAAGUUCAAGAGAUGGAUGGCGCUGUUUUGGUCGGUAACGACAUUUUCAAUUCUUUGGUGCGUUGGAGCUGCUGUAUUUUGGAUGGCAGAGAAGGAUACGCAAGGCAUGACGUACUUUCAAGCCCUGUACUUCUGUUACGUCAGUUUGCUGACCAUCGGGUAUGGAGAUCUAGCGCCAAAGUCGAAUGCUGGACGGUGCUUCUUCGUUAUUUGGAGUCUAAUUGCGGUUCCGACGAUGACAAUUCUCGUUUCCGAUCUGGGCGAUACCGUGGUGGCGAAUUUCAAGAGAUGGAGCGACGAGUUCGCAGACUUUACAGUUCUACCGAAAGCAGGUAUAUGGCGUUCGUUUCUCGACAAGCAUCCUUGGUUGCUGUAUUGGCUACAGAGAUGGACAGAAAGAAGAGCAAGGAAGCGACGGCUGAAGAAAGGUUUCUCCGUUGCAGAUCCACGGGAAAACGAUGCAGAUACAAGUACCUCCAGUCUUGCUCAUCGUGGGACCUCUCCAGAUGACCCUGAAGAUGCCGAGGAGCGGGAAGCGGAAACCGAUAUCGAACUAACUCAACAUCCAACCAUUGAAGCCCUCGCAGAAGAAGCAGAGGCAGACACCAACAAGACACCCGAUCGUGCAUCAAUCUCCCGUCGCCUCGCCCUCUCCAUCCAAAGAGUCUCCCGAGAUCUCAAAAUCCCCCGUAAACGCUACACCUAUGAAGAAUGGGUCGAAUUCACGCGUCUGAUACGCAUGACGGACCCGGAACGCUUAGAUCGCAACUUGGGCACGGCGAGUGGCGCGACGGAAGAUGAGAAUCAGGAAGAGGGACUGGUGAACUGGGAUUGGAUUGGGGAUGAUAGUCCGAUGGUAGCAGGGGUGAGUGAGAGCGAGUGGCUUAUGGAACGCUUGAUUGAGAGUCUGGUGAGGCUGGAGAAGAGGAAGGAGAUUGCGAGGGACAGGGCGGAUAUGGGGGCGUUGAGGGAGAUGGAGGGUAGAUAUGGUAGAAGCAGCGAGAUAGAGAGAGCAAUAGAGGGGGGUGUGGUGAGAGAAGUAGAUGGUGGUCAAGUAGGGACAUUGGAGUAA